AGGUAGAGAGGAACAAAUUUGUGGGCGGAGCAAAUGGAGAAAGCAAAAGAGAUGCUAAGCCUGACGCAAGAAGAGUACGACGCCGUGUCACGACUCCAAUUUCUUCCUCCUGUCAGAACCGGCGAUAACUCCUCCUUCUACGAACACUUCGUCCUCGCCGGAAUUCGAGUUGACCGAGUUGAACCCGGUUGCGUCUCGUGCUCCUUCAAAGUCCCUUCUCGUCUCGCCGACAGGAGUGGGAAGUUGGCGAAUGGAGCAAUUGCGAAUUUGGUGGACGAAGUUGGAGGCGCUGUCAUCCAUGAAGAGGGUCUCCCCAUGAAUGUUUCCGUCGAUAUGUCCAUUUCUUUUCUCUCAACUGCUCGCGUUGGCGAUGAACUAGAAAUUACUUCUAGGUUGUUAGGAAGGAAAGGAGGUUAUUCUGGGACAAUUGUUCUCCUUAAAAACAAAGCCACGGGAGAAUUGAUUGCGGAAGGUCGUCAUUCACUAUUUGGUAGACAUAACAGCAAAAUGUAAUUCAAUAGAUGUGUAUGAAAUGUCUGUAAAUGAAGAUUGUCUUUGGGAAACUGAUUUGAGUAUGAGUCACCACUUAUUAAUUAUAUGGUUACUGUUAUUAUCAAUAAAACUUUCCCUUUCUAUAA